GCAAUGCCUCAUGGGACUUGUAGUUUGGCAGUUGGAGGACCACCAGUUUGACACCCCUGUUGCAAAACUACAAGUCCCAUCAUGCCUCUGCCUUUGGGAGACAUGCUUGUAACUGUCAGUUGUGCAAUGCCUCAUGGGACUUGUAGUUCUGAAGCAGGGGUGUCAAACCGGUGGCCCUCCAGCUGUUGCCAAACUACAAGUCCCAUCAUGCCUCUGCCUUUGGGAGACAUGCUUGUAACUGUCAAUACUGCAAUGCCUCAUGGGACUUGUAGUUUGACAACAGCUGGAGGGCCGCCAGUGACCCCCGUGACCUAGAUG